GCAGCACUCUCAGUAACAGGACAGAUCAUUCCACAACACAUCGUCAACUUUACAUGAGCAUAACAUCACUUCACGGAGUUUAGGCGGAAACAGAGUUAUUUGGCAAGUACUCCCAAACUCGCAUGUGGGUUUAGGAGUGACUGACACUGCAGAGUGGCUUUGGGAAACGUACGGUUAAGUGAGUUAAAGGAGGAAAGAUGGCCAUGGACGGAAAAAAUGGCAUCCACACAGUGUCGGUGCCAAACGGACACCCACAGACGUCUAAAGAUAAUGAGGGACGGGGUAAUUGGAAAAACAAAGCCGAGUUUUUUCUGACUGUGAUGGGUGCGAUCAUCGGCCCUGGCAAUGUAUGGAGGUUUCCCUACCUAUGCUACAGAAACGGCGGAGGCGUGUUCUUCAUCCCAUACUUCUUGUUCAUGUUUACAUGCGGAAUCCCCUUAUUCUUCCUUGAGACUGCUUUAGGACAAUACACUAGCCAGGGGAGUAUAACGUGCUGGAGAAAGAUUUGUCCGCUUUUCCAAGGCAUGGGCUAUGCCAGUCACUUAAUCAUUUUAUUUAGUGCAACCUCUUAUAUUGUCAUCAUUGCAUGGGCGUUCUUUUACCUGUUCUCAUCAUUCAGUGCGGAUUUGCCUUGGGCCACAUGUGGACACGAGUGGAACACAGAGUCUUGUCUGGAUCCCUCCCAUCCCAAUAUGAGCCUCAGCAUGGCAUCAAGACUGAAUACCACUCUUCCUGUUAUGGAGUUCUGGCAGUAA